AUGGAUCUUUCGAUUCCUGAGGGAUUAACAAUAAUCCCAACGAUUGUCCCUAACAAUAACAAUACCAAUAAUAUUAAUAAUAUUGUACCGAGUGCAACUAUUAGCACGGCGUCAGCGACUCCAAUUAAUCCAUCAAGUAAUAAUAAUGAAAAUGGAAGUCAGAGUGAAACUAGAUACCCAAGAAGAGUCUUAAGACCAAGAACUGAACCACGGUCUUAUGCUGAAAUUGAAUCACCGGAUAUAAAUUUUAAUAACGGUGCUGAAAAGUCAAAUGGAGAUUAUGAUUCGGAAGAUGAUGAUGAUGACGAUGCCCCAAUGCCUGAAGUUGAAUUCAAGGAAUUGUCUGCAGCUGAAAUAUGGGAACGAGAACGUACACUUCGAAAGUUGAGAGAAGAAUUGAGGAAUGAGGAAACCAAAUUAAUUCUGCUUAAGAAAAUUAAGCAUUCACAACAAGUUAUGAAAGAGAAUAAGACUCCAGCCAAUCUUUCACAUGGUGCUCAAAACCUAACAUCAAAUUAUAAUAAUCCAUUAUCGAUGCUUUCGAAGGGAAGCUUGACUGUAAUCCCCACGAACAUGGUUCCAACUGAUUAUAAGACCACAAACAGGCAGUCAUCAUACAAUGACCAAGCUCAGUGCUUUCCAUUACCAAGAGGUCAAUCGUUGCCAGGUGGAGCAACUCUUACAACUGGAACCUCAUCAAGAACUCCUUUCAUUCAAGGAAAAACUGUUCUUGAAGGACGGUCUUCAUCAAAUUUGUCAAUUACUCCAUCAGUUACUAUCACACCGACUUCUGGUCCGGUUAUGAAUCUUAAGACUAAAAAUCAACAAAACUCGAAUUUGAACAAUUCAGUUUCCAUCACCCCGACUGCAUCGAUUUCGAUCAGCCAGAAUACAUCUAUGAACCAAUCUUCAAGAAAUUCAAUGGAAGAUAAUCAAACGGCUGCACAGAAGCAAGCAGCAGCUAAGCUUGCUUUAAGGAAGCAAUUGGAAAAGACUUUGCUUCAAAUCCCACCACCAAAACCCCCACCGCCAGAGAUGCACUUCAUCCCAAAUCCAGCAAACGGAGAAUUUGUCUAUUUAUUGGGUUUGGAGCAUGUUGUCGAUUAUUUGACAAAGGAUAAGAAAGUUACACCCCAACCACAGCAGCCAUUCCGUUGUGCACAAUGUAAGAUCGAUUUUACUCCAGUCUGGAAGAUGGAAAAAGAUAAACGUGCGGGUGCUGAUCAAACACCUCGUAUAAUUUGUGAAUCAUGUGUCACAACAAAUGUUAAGAAGGCUCUAAAAGCUGAGCAUACAAAUCGUUUGAAGGCCGCUUUUGUUAAAGCAUUGCAACAAGAACAAGAAAUAGAACAGCGCAUGGCAUCACAAAGCUCAUCGAAUAAUGCAACUGACUAUUCGAUUCAUUCUCCAGCCACACCACAACCAUCACCAAGUGUCACGAUUCAGCCACAAAUUCAAACGCCUCAAACAGCACCAGUUGCUAAUUCGCCAGCACCAGUUCAGAAUUCACGUAUGGACAGAAUGGAGAGAAUGGAAAGAAUGGAACGAAUGGAUACAACACCAUCACGUUCAUCUCGUCCUGCACCAACUCCUCCGACUAAUAAUACACAAACUCCACCACCAUCAUCUCAAAAUUCAUCGAGAAAUUCAUCACGUCAUUCGUCAGCUGCUGCUGCAGCGGCAGCAGCAAAUGAUCCAAUGUCAAGCAUGAGUUUUGCAGCUCAACUUAAUGCCCUUAGUAGUCUUGCUAGUUUAGGCAACUUUGGCAAUUUGGGAUCUUUGUCUAAUAUGGGAAAUUUUGGAAAUCAGUCACAAGCUGCUGCUGCUAUGCAAGCAUUUCAGCAACAGCUUUUCAGAGGAAUGUCCUCAAAUAAUCAAGCUCAGAAUUUGGCUGCACAGAUGCAGUUUGGUCCAUUAUUAUAUUCUUAUCAAUUGGCUAUGGCACAAGCUGCCGCAGCAGCUCAACAGCAACAAGCUCCGAGCACUAAAGCAAAAUCUUCAUCCAAGCCGAGUAGUAAGAACUCAUCAAACAUGGCUCUAGAUAUGCAAAGAGCAUUAGACAUGCAACGUCAGUAUCUGGAAAUGCUGGCAAAUGCACAACAAAUGCCCAAUCAACGUGGACAUAGUAACUGGAAAAAUAAUUAA